GUGCAAGGUCAUAGAUAUCCUGGUGUAAAAUUCAGGCCAUCGGAAGGCAUGGAAUGCCAUUCCAUUGCAUGGUGUAUGCACAGACGCACAGUAUUUUAAUAACACCAACACAGUACAGUAAAAUGAUUGUGUUAUGAUAUGUGUCUGUGGUUAGAUCAAUCGGAGGAAAUAGAUUUUUCUUUCUCGUUGAUUUCAUCAUUGUAAUGCCACAGGUCAUUUAAAAACUGAUAUGAAAAUGUGGCUGAGGGUUUAGUGUGUUUGUCACCAAGUAAAUCAUUAUCGGAAUGGGCCGCUUGAUUUUUUUUUUUUUUUUUUGCUGACCCUCCCAAUCUGUGAUUUCUAGCUCCGCUGUUGGAUUGAACCAUCUGCCUUGGAGGUGUGAGGCUAUGCUGUUAUCCCCUAAGGCAGGGUUUCCCUGUUCAGUCCCCGGGGAACCCCAGACGGUCUGUGUUUUCGCUCCCUCCCUAGCACUCCACUGUUUGUCGGGACUGUCUGAUAGAGUUGGAAGGGAGAGAAAAACGUGGACUGUCUGAGGGGUGUCCGAGGAGCAGGUUGAGAAAUGCUACACCAAGCCACCCUGACACACUUGUAUGAGCUGCAUCUUUUUGAAUCUUACACCUAUUCUUUAUCCACUUCUAUAAGUAUCAGCAAAUCGACUGCAGUAAAUACCAGUUUAACCAGCACCAGGAAAAUUCAAUGAACUACUUGCAUACAUAAACCAACCUUCUAAGUGUCACCUGCUUCCUAGUUGGUCUUUCUGUAAUAUGCAAAUUUGUCGCACUAUAAUCAUUUCCUUUUAUAUAUACAGCCAGUCCCUGGGUUGAGAACAUCCGACUUACGAACACCUCGUACAUACAAACGGACUGUCAUGAAGUCUGUUAUAUUAAAAAUUCAGGUUAAAUAGAAUGGUUCGUAAUAAAAAACCCGCUACUUUGGGAUUCUCCUGAAAACAUUGCGCGGCUUCAGUUAUUCAUCAGAUCGAGGUAAAGUACAGUAUCGUCUGUAGUUACUGUUAUUAUUACUGUAUAAUUAUUAUGUAUUUCAUUAUUUUUCGGACUUGCCUACAAAUUAGACUUGGAGACAUCUCAGGUAAAGGAUCUCGCCCGUAACCCGGACACUGCCUGAAAUCAAAUUGUUCUUUACACAUACAUAGGUUUCGUUAUACAUUUCUUUCAGGAAUACAGAGGUAAAAAUCUUGUUUGGCCAGGAACAACCGAAUCAACUUAACAAGAACAACAACUUCUUGUUACCCAUUGCCCUAUAAAAUUCAAAGUUGUUAUAUUGUAUAUUGAUAUAUCAUUUACAUUGUAUUAAACAUAUUAAUAUAUCAGUUAUUGGUCUUAAAUUAAAAUUAAGCUACAUGUGUAAAUUGACUAAUAAAAAGAAUAAAUUAAAAACGUAAAGGUAUUAGUUUCAUUAGUAUAUCUGUCUACUUUUGCUGCAGCAGUAAUUAAUUACCUACACACAAUUUCCGGAGUAAAUUGUAUUUAACAAUAUGUGACGAGUAGAAGAAUCCCCCAAGUGACCACCGGAAAUGACGUAUGAUGUUUCUGGAAAGACGGAAGUAAGGAGCAUCUGAAAUCUAAGGAAUGAACUGGUGGCGCAGUUGUCCUCAAUUAUGGGGAUGUUCACAGAAGCGGCGGUGGUGGAGAUCGUAAAAGUUGUGCAGGAGAGCUCUUCGGCGUUUCGCUUACGGAUGUGUCGGAGUCAGGAGGAGAUCGAGGAGCUGAAGACGAAGCUGCUUCUUGUGGAGACCGAACUGAAAUGCGCCCGGCAGUGCGCAGUGGAAGCGGCAUGCAGACCUGUCAGCCGGUGCUGCGUUGGGGUACAGACCGGCGAUCAAGUCGGGGCUAUGCAGAAAGAAGAGAAACAUUGCCCCUCGACAGAGGGUGUCUUGGGGAAGAACUACUUCCUGGGCUUAUGCAAUGAUGGAGCGCUGUGUGCUGUGGAGGACGAAGGAGGGGCCAGCUGCCCUGGAAGAAUGAGGAACAAGCCUACAAAAAUCAAUGAGCAAAUUAAAGAAGAAGUGGACAGUAAUCUCCCACCGGAAGCAUUUGAGGGAAUUCAGGAGUUAAAAAUACACGGAGCUAUUGCCGAGGACCAAAGUUCAGCUGAGCUGCAGCCCUCUGAGGAAUCCGACAAUCAGCCCAGACUUUCCGAAGACCCAGAGAAGCCUGAUGUUUAUCUCAGACUGAAAGAGUAUGAAAAGGACAAAGAAUCCAUAUAUACAAGUGGGCAUUUUGCCUUCAGCAAGACCUUUGAGAGUGCAUACAUCAAUGAGGCCACUAGCAGUGAAGGUCGCAUGGCAACACAAGUUAUUUGCACCCCUUGUGAGAGGACUUUGGAGAAUUUUGAUCAGUUAGAAACAUACCUGCCAGAUCAUUCAGAUGACAGACCGUUCAUUGGGACCGGCCCUAGAAAGGGUUUAAUGGUAGGACGACAGUUUGAAGGCCACCGGGUUGAUUGUAUGGGAGAGAAGAUGUACAGCUGUGAGGUGUGUGGGAGGAAUUUUGAGCGGGAAUACGAUCUGAGCGUUCACAAAUGCAUUCACACAAAAACGAAGCCAUACGAGUGUGACGAAUGUGGGAAGCACUUUGCUCAGAAACAGAAUCUUUUAAGGCACAAAGAAAUCCAUAAUGACAGUGAAACAGCGGGGGUGGCUAAUUUUACUUGUGCACAGUGUGGGAAGAACUUCACCUCCAAGCGAUACCUUAAAGCCCACCAGUUUCUUCACACAGGAGAAAAGCCAUUCAUCUGCACAGUGUGUGGUAAGACCUUCUCUCACAAAUGUAAUCUUUAUUCACACCUUCGGACUCACACCGGAGAGAAGCCAUUCUGCUGCAGUGAAUGUGGGAAAUGUUUCGCUCAGCUGGGUCACCUAAGGAGACACAUGUCUGUCCACAACACGAAGAGAAUAUGCCUUACAGGUUAGAGUUUUUUUAAAGAGAAGUCUUUAAUUUCACUGGUAGGUUUAUUUUAACAGAAAAAGAUUCCAUUAUGUAACAAUUAAUCUCUAUUUGCCAUCUAUCUAGAAGUACUUAUUUGAUCCCCUACAAACCAGUUAUCACUUUCUCAGCAAGCUCCUUGCUGAAGCCCGUUCCAAGGUUAACAGUCUGACGUCCUUAGACAGCUCUUUGGUAAUUCCCAUGGUGAUAAGGUUGAAGAUGUAGACAGGUUAGUGACCCAAGAAUACGGUUUAACAAAGUAAUGCCGUUAAGUGUGAAAGCUGCUUGGUGUCGGUUAAUAAAUAAAUAAGUGCUACUUGUGCUGUGUUAGUGCACAUGAACUUGACCUUAUUUCUUGCUGGCUUGUAGGGGAAUUAUUUCUCUAGAUAGAUGACAGAUUAGUUUAUAACUGUUACAUAAUGAUUUUUUUCUUGCUUGUUUUGUUGAUUAUUUAUCUUUCGCCGUUAAAUAAAGCUACCAAUGAAAUUACAGAUUUCUCAUUUCUUUAUUAUUGGGUCAGCUGAAGGAUUCAGCAGGGGGGUCAAAUAAUUAUUUCCCUCACCGUACUAUAGCCACAUUAUUGUACAAUUUUGAGCGAAUGAACAGGACAGAAGGAGCCAUGUCUGGAGCGGCAUACAGUAAAUAUUAUACUUUAGGAUAUAUACACUGCAUUGUCACAGACACAAGAUGGGCAAAUGAUGCUUUAACCAUUUUUCAAAGACGAGCUUGCUAACAAAUGACUGAUACAGUUAGUCUAUAGAUACAAGAAAAUAGACUAGUCUGUAUGUUCAGUUAGCGUAUUUUAGAAUUUUAAAGCUGAUAUGGAGCAGCCUUUUCCAUGAUUCAUUCCUUUGUUAUCCUUGUACUUUUGACAGGCAUUGUGUGUUACUCUUACAGUGCUGAAGCAAUAAAUCUGCAAGCGUUGCUUGAGUGUGAA